CGUGGGUUGGGUUUCUGGAGCAGCUGUGCGGUGUCGACAGUUUGAUCAUAUUUGGGGGUCGCGGGUCGUGAUGGGGCCAUGAGAGGUCACAGCCACAGAGCUGGACGAACUGCCCGGAAGCGGAGGCAGAAGAAUGAAAGCACCGUCCGGUCAGUCUCUCUGUGUCACCAGCCGCAGUUUGUGAACCUGCUGAAGUUUCUCCACCAAAGAGGAUUUUGCUCCGCGCUGCUGCAGCCUGCCCUCUUCUCUGACACCGGCAGAGGACUGCAGGCUCUCCAAACCAUAAAGCCCGGUCAGCUGGUUAUUUCCCUGCCAGAGUCGUGCCUCCUCACGACCUCCGCCGUCCUGGACGGCUACCUGGGACGCUACAUCAAGAGCUGGAAACCCCGUCUUUCUCCCCUCUUGGCACUCUGUGUCUUCUUGGUGUGUGAGCGGCACAGAGGAGAGGCCUCUGAUUGGUUCCCUUACAUCGAUGUGCUGCCCACAGCUUACACCUGUCCCGCCUGUUUCAGCGAUGAUGUCAUGGCUCUUUUGCCUACUAGUGUGCAGAGGCGGGCCUUAGAGCAGAGGGAGGCAGUGAAAGAAAUGCACUCCUCCAAUCUGGAGUUUUUCAGGUCCCUGCAGCCAAUCCUGAGCCAGCCCGCGGAGGAUGUUUUGACCUAUGAGGCACUGAGGUGGGCAUGGUGUAGUGUCAACACGCGCUCCGUCUUCAUGUCCCAUCCUUCAAACAACUUCCUGUCUGGACCGGAUAAUUAUGCUUUAGCUCCCUUUCUAGAUCUGCUCAACCAUCGGCCUGACGUGCAGGUAAAAGCAGGUUUUAAUGACGUGACGAGAUGUUAUGAAAUCAGGAGUGUUUCCGGGACUCUGCGUUACCAGCAGGCCUUCAUUAACUACGGCUCCCACGAUAACCAGCGGCUGCUGUUAGAGUACGGAUUCGUCGCCCCCGCCAAUCCCCACAGUGUGGUCUAUGUGGACACAGAUCUGCUCUGUGAUGUUUUAAGAGGUGACAGAAGUUUGGCUCAGAAGAUCAAGUUUCUCAGAGAGAACGAGUUCCUUCACAAUCUCACCGUGUCCAGUGAAGGUCCCAGCUGGAGGCUGAUGACGGCUCUCAGGCUGCUGUCGCUGCCACAAACGCUGUACCACCAGUGGAAGGCAGUGUUACUCGGUCAGCUGGUGUGUGAGGAGAGAGAGCAGUGGAGUGUCUGGGCAGCUAAGACUCUCUGUCAGCGACUACUACAGGACACAUGUAGAGCUCUAGAUAAGGUCUCACGUCUCCUCCAGCAGAGUGAGCAGCCAGUCAGGGAGCAGCUAGAUGUGGUCAAGUCACUGCGACAGGAGGAGAGGUGCAUCCUGGGAAGCUGCCUUGAGGCACUGGAGGACUCACUCAGACAUAAUGACAAUCUGCUGUUGGGUCAUCCUGAUGUUGGCGCUGUGAGCUGACAUCUGAUUGGUUGUCUGGCUUGACAGCUGCUACACUAAGCAGUGCGAUUGGCUGAAGUGAUUUCUGUGGCGCGUGAUGGCUGAAAAAAAGCAACUUCUCCAACCAGAGGGUUACGGGUUUGAUUCCAGGAAGGCUGAAAGAACCUCUGCCCUCUGUUGCCGGGUCUCAUCACCACCAGCUUAACUGCUGUAAACAAAAACAUCACUGUUACCUCCAUGAGAGCAAAAACAGCAGAAACCCAGGAGAGCUCAGUCCUUUAGACGGAAGGGAUGCUUCUCCAGUUUUUUAAAGUUGUUGUUUUAGGUUUUUAUUUUUGCUUUAUUUUGUAGUAGUUUGUUUUUUAAAG